CAUGAAACGUUAACCAACAAUAUCCGAAGCAUUUUUCUAUAGAGGUAUCGAGUAUUGCGUACCUUGCUGGCUGCGAAGAGCAUCCACAUUGUCGAGUUGGCCCAAGCUUUAGGAUUUAGGAAGGAUUCAGGUUAUCGGCGGCAAUAUCCUAGAGAUUCUUGGGAAGCGCUUCUGAGAUGUGUGUCUUGAACAAUGGGGAAGUCUCGAACGACUAACCAACAGUUCCAAUGUUUAAAUUCCUACACUCAAUCAUGUUCUUGAGACUCCUUUGCCCAUUGUAUUCUUGCGAAAAUUCUUGCAUCACACAUCGUUUCUUUAACCAUCAGAUACCAAUUGUACUCUCUGAAAUAUACGUAUCCAUCACAUCAUUCAACUACCAACUAUCAAUAUGUGUCUAGCCACAAUGUUAAUAGCACUCAAGGCCAAUCUUGAGCCAACGGUCAUUGUGAACCUUGGCAUGGGUUUAUUGGUCUUGAUAUUAGCUUUCGUCGGAGCAUGCUGCCGUCAAGUAUACACGAAGCAUGUAGCCAAGGAACCAUUACUUCUCACUGUUGAACCCAAGAGUGCCAAAUUUAUAAAAACAGAAUUAGAGACAGAAAAGCGCUUCAAUGAAUUGCAAAAGUCUCCAGGAUAUUUGGCAACACAGAGGACGAAGAACCAUCAUAUUCUUGGGUUGCAUGUUAGAUGAUGCAACUUACUGGAUGACAUUUUGCGUUUCGAAAAAAGGAAGGGAACACGAGUCUAUUUUUGAGCUUAGAAUACUCGAACACUCGAAUUGUUGUCGAAAUUGUACGUGAACUAUCACGUUUUCUGGAAGAUGGAUUUCAUAUGGCGUGUGACUGGGAGUAUAGGGCGCUUCAAGGGGUUUCUGGAAUUCUUAUACGAAUCAAGUUCGGGAUAUUUAUGCCGCCAUUUUUAAGGCAGGGUGUAAACGCAGAAGAUUGCUGGUUUGGUCGCCCAUGGCAUGCCGGUCUCAUGGGAAUUUGGGAGCUUCAGAGCUCGAAUGGAAUAUCAGUCGCUGGAACCGAUUCGUAUGUACUGUAGUGUUAUACGUGAUGUCUUUUCUUGUAGUUGCAUUACUGUUUUGCCAAUGAAUAUCAU